AUGGCUUCUUCUAUUCCAACAGUAGGCGACCAGGAUGACGACUUGGAGAACGCAGUAUUUCGCGAGAAGCAAGGGAUAGGAAGCGAUGUUCCUUCACCAACUUUUUCGCGUUUAUUAUGCUGUCUACGAAGUCGCUGUCUUCGUGGAAUCUGUGUGGGUUUUCCGUGUGUGGUAUUUUUACUACUAUUUUUAAGUCUUCCCUCCAGUACGGCGACAAGUACCAGACGAGUUUUCUUGAUCCUAGCUGCCGUCCCACUGAUUAUUUACAUUGUCGUUGGCAUAUCCACUGUGGUACUCGCGUAUUGCACUCAAGUUUCGCUCGAAACGCAAAAUGCUCAGGCAGCUCAUCAAUACUUGAACACUAAAACUCAACAGAGUAAAAUCGCUGUUACUACAGGGCAGAAACAACAGAGCAACAACUUUCUUGGUCGUUUCGCACUUUUUCUUGAGGCUGCGCGGUCGGGCGAUGCAAAGACGGCGCAAUCGUGUUUGAGAAAUGAACAAAUCGUGGACGAAGUGGACCAUCUUGGGCGAACAGCUCUUCACUGGGCAGCGCUGUCAGGAUCAGACGAGGUAUUAUCUCUUCUCUUGCGGAAUGGAGCAUCGAUUGAUCAACAGGACUCACUGGACGGGCUUACGGCGCUACACUACACAGCUUUUUAUGGUCAUAUCAAGAGCACAAGACUAUUGGUCUGUGCUGGCGCCUCAAUGACCAUCAUGGACAAUCGACGAAUGAAUCCACUGCAACUCACCGAAAUGGCGAGUCUCAAGCUAGCGAGUGUUCAACCUACGCAUCAGAUGAUCAUUAAAUACCUGCGAAUUGCCAUGAAGGACGACGUCACAUCACCACUCGAACAUGUUGCGGGACUCACUGUUUUGCAACUUGUUGAACGACAAGCGCAUAAUCUCCCGCAGAUGGAGUGA